GACAAGCUGCAGCUCGGCAUCCUCAGCAACCUCAUUCAUCUGCUCCCGCGGCCCUCUCUCUUUCCCUCUCGACCUUCUCCGUCCCCCAGAAGGCCUCUCUCCUCCCCUCUUUAGUUCCUCUCGUGGUUGUUGGCACAGGAAGUCGGUCGUUUUUGGAUAUCCCACUGGGGCAGCUGCUACUCGCUCUCUGAUCCAUCCUGACUGCGCCCUCAUGUCUACUGCGGGCCAAUAACCACCUCUCCGGCACGCUCCUCAUAUCGCUGUAGCAGCUGGGGUUAUUUACUGCGAGCAUCUUCAGAUUGGAAUUAAUUUUCUUGUCUUGUAUGCUUAUCGACUGCCUCCGGUCCAGCAAUAGCCUCAACGCCAGCGUUUGAGUCCGAGAACGUCGCACGCUCGUUUCCCUCGCAGCAGCGUUACCUAUACGACCGAUUGGGCCUCUUACCACUCGUCCGUCGCCGUCAUGGAGAUGUCAUCGCCUCUGGCGGCCAUGCACCCGCCGGCCAUGCCCGCGCCCUGGGGCUACCGACGCGACCUGCUACCCUCCAAGCCGCUGUUUGCCACGCACACCUUCAGCGCAAAGAACUUCAACUUCAAGGAUAAGAGCAUGAAAAAGACGAACGCGGACUACUUCACAUUGCAGCCGGUGCGAGGGUCUUCGCCGACAGCGAGUCUGGCGGCCGACAUGUCCUCGAAUCUGCAUGUCGACCAAAGUCCCCAGCUCGUAACUCCUCGCCGAUCGCUCUUCACCUCGAACCUGUUUCAACCAUUGGACAAUCGAGAAGGAACCACAACCCCACCAGUCCGGUGGGAAGGCGUUAGGACACCACCAAUCCCAUCGUCGUCUCCUAGCUUUGGCCCUGAUUCAAUGGACAUCUCGCCUCUACCUCACAAAGCACCCUUUAGCUUUGUUACCGAGCGGUCUAUCCCAUCUCCAACACCAGAAUCGACUCCGGCUUCAGAGGAGGACAUGCUGUCGCCAUGCGAGAUUGCACCCCAGCCUCCUUAUUUAGAGGUGCCGAGGCCGGUAUCUGCCACUGAGUCAGUUAUUUUCCUAUCCACUGUCAGAAGGACCAUGCUAACGAGUCCAAGGCGGAGGAGAUCUAUCCUGCUUCGACCAUCUCUUGCUCGGAAUAAGAAUUACUCAACUAACACUGUAUCCUUCAAAUCAAAGGAGAACAGCUCCUUGCCGGCAUUCAAGUUCGGUGCAUACGAUGCAUUCUCGAAUGCACCAUCGCCCUCGUUGGACGAAUGCUUUACCGCGUCGCCUCCCCAAGAACGUAAAAUGUUUUCGAACCCUUCGGUAGGUGUUUCGAAGUCUAAGCCGUUCUCCAUCAACACGAACAUGUCUCGUGCGAAUGGGUCGCCCCUCAGUGCCAACAUUAGGAAACCUGCCGGGCCGCCUUCGCGACGUCCUAGCAAGUUCAGGCGAUCUCUGAGUAUGUACGAACACCCCGGCGACGUGAUGAACCAGAAUCAGGACAAGGACAAUUAUACACCCAGUGGUUUACAAGCUGUGAUGGAUGUCGACGACACUCCUUCCCUCAAGCUCCCACAUUUCACUCCCCCGAACGAGCCUGACAGCCUUCCACGCAUAACGGAUAUGACCUUGAUAGACGUUCUCAAUGGUGAUUACAAUCACGAGUUUGAAAAAGUCGCUAUUAUUGAUUGUCGGUUUGAGUAUGAAUACCAAGGGGGUCACAUUAAAGGCGCAUUAAACUUCUGUGAGAAGGAGCAGCUCGCUAAAGAGCUUUUCGACCCAGUUUCGGCCUCAAAUACUCUUCUCAUCUUCCACUGCGAAUACUCCGCACAUCGCGCACCUCUCAUGGCCAAGUUUGUGCGUCACGAGGACCGAAAGGUGAACUCCUUUCGCUAUCCCAAACUUACGUACCCCGAGGUAUACAUCUUGGAUGGAGGUUACAGCUCAUUCUACGAGUCCCAUCGAUCCCGCUGUUUUCCUCAGAAUUACCUCCGGAUGGACGCCAAGGAACAUGAGAAUGCCUGCGAGCGUGGCAUGAACAAGCUUCGUCAACGCUCAAAACUCAACCGGGCACAGACUUUUGCUUUUGGACAACAAUCAUGCCAGAUGGAAGACAGCCCUACGGGCAUCGCCAGGUCAAAGACAGGUGGGAUUUUGACGCUUGGAGGCGAUGAUACAUUCAACAUUGGACGAAUAGGCGCCUCUCGUCGCAUGGCUUCAUACUAA